GUAUAUUGUGAAAGGUCGUCACAGUCAUUCGUCUAAAAUGAGCAUUCAUCAGAUUUAAAUAUUUCAAUUCUUCACAAGAACUAUUUAUCAACAUGAAUUCAAUUAUUUUGUACUCGAUAUUUUGGAGAUUAACUUCUAUUGCGAUUGUUUUUGGACAAUUUUAUGAAGGCGAAGAUUGCAGUCUGAGUGAUAAUACACUGGGCGUAUGUAAAUCGUUAUCAAAAUGUGAUGCUGUUUAUCAAGAACUAUUAUCCGGGAAUAUUCCCAAGAGUAUUUGCAGCUACGUGGAUUUUGAGCCAAUCGUUUGUUGUCGUACAUUGACAAGUACCAAUAGCGGUAAAACAAGUUUUGCAACAAGAGGAACAACACGUAAGCUAAUAACAACAACACAAAGGUCAACAAGUUGGUUUUUUACGACUAAAAAUCAAAAAAGAACAACAGAACGUGAAAGCGAUUCAUGGAUUUUUGAAUUUCCUGAAACUAGUUCACCUACAUAUCCUGAUAAUACUAAUCAAUUUAAUUAUAAUAACCAUCAUUAUGAUAAUAAUAAUUAUAAUAAUAAUAAUAAUAAUAAUGAUAACAAUAAUAAUAAUAAUAAUAAUGAUAACAACUAUAAUAAUAACAAUCAAUUUCAAAGUAGAGGUAAUUUAGCAAGACAAAAAUGUUCAGAAUAUGCACGUUCAAUCUACACACUGGUAACACCACCAACAUUAGCAGGGAAUCGUCAACCGGUUAAUGUAUCUCUCUGUGCAAUAAAGUCUCAAAAACUUAUUGUUGGUGGUACUAAAGCCGCGCCAAAAGAAUUUCCGCAUAUGGCAGCUAUUGGAUAUAAUUCAAACUCAGGAGGGGAAAUUUUGUGGCUUUGCGGUGGCACACUAGUCUCGGAAAAUUUUGUAUUAACUGCUGCUCACUGCACUUUCUCUCUGGAUUACGGGAAAGCAACUCGGGUCAGAGUGGGCGAUUUAAAUUUAAAACGAAGUGACGAUGAUGCAAGACCUCAAGUGCGUAAAAUAAUUAGUAUAAUUCGUCAUCCGGAUUACAAAAAGCCGCUAGAAUAUCAUGAUAUUGCGCUUUUAAAACUGGAAAGUCCGGUAAAGUUUGACGCUUGGGUAAGACCGGCUUGCUUGCCCUAUGGAAUGAUGAAUACCGAAAACGCUAUUGCUACCGGAUGGGGUCGAGUCGAUUGGGCCGAUGAAGAAGGAUCUGAAGAUUUGCUCAAAGUAACUUUGGCGAUGGUACCUCACCGAACGUGCAAUUCAAAUUUUAUGGCUGGCGGUAAUGAUUACAAGUUGAAACAAGGUGUGAUAGAUGAGUGGCAGUUGUGUGCAGGUGAAGAGGGCAAAGAUACGUGUCAAGGGGACAGCGGUGGUCCAUUAGUUAAUUUUAAUAAUGAAUAUAGUUGCAUGUAUAAUGUUAUCGGUAUAACAAGUUUAGGGCGAUUGUGUGGAAGUUUCAUUCCGGGUAUUUAUACACGUGUUUCUUAUUAUAUUCCAUGGUUAGAACAAACUAUUUGGCAGCGGUAACUUUUAUAACUAUUUUUAUCUUUAUACACUCUAAAAAAUUGGAAGUAAAUUUUGAGUAAUUACGGAUUUUAUUUACAUCCAAAUGCUCCGGAUUUACUCCUUUAAUUUUUUACAGUGUAUAAAAUUUCUGUAUGAUUAGAUAUAUAAAAAUUGUAAAUAA